UUGUUGGUUCCAUCUUCCUCUACCCAAUCUCUCCUCUCUGUAUAGCUAGCUGUUCGUAUUUUCCUGGUCUUCUCUCUCUUUUUUUCGUUACGAGGAAAAACCCUAGAUCUAAUCGAUCAGAGACCUGAAGAUUGGUGUUCGACGGUCUAUCUCUCUCGUCUCAGGAUCACUCGGAGAGGUUUUGAGACAUUUUGCUCCUGAAUUCUAGGAGUUCUGCAAGGGGGUAAAGCUUCGGGCUAUUUCAAGAAAUGGAUCCGGCUCGCUAUGGGCUACAUCAAGGCUGGGAUAAUAACAGCGCUCUUGAGGGUUAUGGUGCGGCUCAUGAGCCAAAUUAUCGGGUGGGUGGUUCAUAUGACGAAAGGAGGUUUAUAGAUGAAAGAUACUCAAGGGAUAAUAUAUACCAAAGAGGUGCCCUCCCCCGUGAUGCUUUGGAUAGGGAGGCAUAUCCUCCAUCAGGACCUGCUGUUGGCCAUUGGAGUGAAUCCAAGCGGAGAGGUUAUGAUGAAGACUAUUUGCUGGACAAGGAAUCUAGACGUCUUCAAAGGCCUUACUAUGAUUCAUAUAAUCAGAUUGAUGCUUUCAGAGAUAGGGAGGUUGACAUGUAUCCAGAAUUUGACAAGUUUCGAGAUGGCUAUGCCAGCAUUGAAAACUAUGAUGAUCGAGGAUAUGAUAAACUUGGUAGGUUUGGGGUACAUGAUCAUGAUGACUAUGCAUAUGAUGAUUAUGGCUACAAGUCUCGUGUAUCCCAUCAUUAUAGGGAGGAUAGCCAUGAGAGGGAUAUCGAUCAUGGCCGUCAUAGUCAUGAUUCUGAUUAUGGGAGAAGUAGAAGAGAUAGCAAUUGGAGGCGGCGUGAAUCUCGUGACCGAGAACAUGAUAGAAGAUAUUCAAGUAGGGAAAGAGAUUUGAGUCCGCGUAGGAGGCAUGAGCGGUCUCGAUCCCGUUCUCGGUCUCGGUCUCGAUCCCGAUCCCACUCUCAUUCUCAUUCCCAUUCACGCUCUCGUUCCCAAUCUCAUGGAUAUGAUGAUCAUCCAAGAUCAAGGUCCCCACGAGGUCGAAGUCAUGGUCGAAGUUAUCGAGAAGACAGCUAUGCUGAUGGUCGAUAUGAGAGAAGUGAAAAGCGAAGGGAUCGUGAAGAGAAGCGGCGUGAGCAUUAUUCAGUGGCUCCAUCUGCCACUGUUGUUGUAAAAGGUCUUUCACAAAAUGCCAACGAAGAAGAUCUAUACCAAAUUCUUGCGGAAUGGGGGCCACUUCGGCAUGUUCGUGUUAUAAAGGAGCGAAAUUCUGGCAUUUCUCGUGGAUUUGCAUUUAUUGAUUUCCCUUCUGUGGGAGCUGCUCGAGCAAUGAUGGACAAACUUGGAGAUGAUGGUCUUGUUGUGGACGGUAGAAGGCUUUUCUUUGAAUAUAGUAGUAAGCCAACUGGAGGUCCAGGUGGACCUUUUGGUCAAGAGGGAUCUAUGAAAUCAGGUCAUAAUCAUAAAAGCAUUACAGUACCAUCUGAUUGGAUGUGCACCAUAUGUGAUUACAUCAAUUUUGCCCGCCGAACAUCCUGCUAUCAGUGUAAUGAACCACGAAGUGAGGAUGCUCCUGCAGCAGAUAUUACGUUGUCAAAUUCUACAGCCUCAGGAAAGAAAGGGUUAGAGGCAGGUCCAACUCAUGUGCUGGUUGUUCGUGGAUUGGAUGAAAAUGCUGAUGAGGAAAUGCUUCGCUAUGAGUUCUCCAAACAUGCUCCUAUUAAGGAUCUACGUCUUGUGAGAGACAAGUUUACUCAUGUCUCCAGGGGAUUUGCUUUUGUACAUUUUUAUUCGGUGGAGGAUGCCACCAAGGCUCUUGAAGCAACGAAUGGAACAACUCUUGAGAAGAAUGGACAGAUUCUAAGAGUAGCAUAUGCAAAAAGUAUCCUGGGUCCUGGGUCAGGAACAUCUGGUACUUCCCAGUCAAGUAGCUUAGCAGCUGCUGCUAUUGAGGCUGCGACAUUUGCUCAACAGUAUGAUUCUGUUGGAUGGGCCCCUAAAGAAUACAAUCCAGAUGAUAAACAAUCUACUGGUCAAGAGCAAACUGGUGCAGCUCAGACAGAUGCAAUGGCUCCACAAACGGGCUUUGUUUGGGAUGAGGCAUCUGGUUAUUACUAUGAUGCUGCUUCAGGGUUUUACUAUGACGGGAAUACUGGUCUUUACUAUGAUGGUAAUAAUGGGAUUUGGUAUUCUUAUGAUCACAAUACUCAGCAAUAUAUCCCUUGCACUGAUCAAACUGAGAAUAAAGCUCCUGGUAAUCAGUCUGAACCUUCCAAGGUGUCUGACAGUUCCAGCAGUAAAAAAGUGGUUAUCUCUGCACCUGCUACUACUGUUGCAUCCUCUGAGAAGCCAGCGUCUUUGGCAGAUGCAGUCCAGGCUGCUGCAACUGCUGCCAUAGCUGCAGAGAAGAAAGAAAAAGAAAAAUUGAAGGAGAUAAAGCUUGCUUCCAAAAGCAGUAUUCUGGCUAACAAAAAGAAAAUGAAUAAUGUGUUGACAAUGUGGAAGCAGAGGAGCCAUGAGGGUCAAGCUACUCGUGUAGCUCUGGAAGACAAUCACCAAUCCACAUCCAUUGAUGACAGGUCUUCUGGAUAUCCCACAAAGAGCAAGUUCAAAAAUGAGACUACAGAUACAAGGGAGUAUAAUGCAUCCACUUCAGGGAUUCCCACUGCCCCUGCUUCUCAGGCUGCCGCUUCAGAUUCUCUGGUCCAACCACGGCCUGUUAGUAAUAGCCUUGGAGGCACUCUGAUGGGGGUUAUAAGAGGAUCUGGAAGAGGGAUCAUUAAAUCUGAUAGUUCUUAUUCAGGGCCAACAGCUUCAGCCGUUUCAUGUGCAUCAGGCGCAUCUUCAUCGAAUGUAGAUGCUCCAACAGUUGCAACUCCCUUUAGAACAAAUGUUUCUGCACUGGGUUCUUAUGCUACACCUGUAGCUGGUGGAAGUGGUCGAAGAAGGUUUUCAGAAAUGCCUCAUUCUGCCUCAGCCCCCAAGGAACAACCUCAAACUACCUACAGGGAUCGUGCAGCUGAGAGAAGAAGUUUGUAUGGUUCAUCAUUGUCAGCUGGGGAUGAUUUGGCUGAUCUGGAACCUGGGGAUUCAAAUCGAGAUUUUGCAUCGAGGAAGGGUGAUCCAAUGCCUUUCCCUCCUGGGGUUGGUGGAGGACGUGUGGUUGGGGAUGCCAACCUUGAUACCUAUGAGGUGAUUACAGCUGACAAAGCAAUUGAUGAGAACAAUGUUGGCAAUCGGAUGCUCCGCAACAUGGGAUGGCAAGAAGGCUUGGGUCUAGGUAAGGAUGGAAGUGGAAUGACAGAGCCUGUCCAGGCACAAGCCACAGAAAGUAGGGCAGGACUUGGAAGUCAGCAGAAAAAGUUGGAUCCUAGCCUUGAGGUUCAGGCAGGAGAUAGUUACAAGACGCUUAUUCACAAGAAAGCACUUGCCAGAUUUUGGGAAAUGUCGUAGUUCAGGUCUUAAAAAUUUAUUUUCUCAGAAUAUGUGAUUAGGGCUUUGCUGACAUAUUUUCCUCUUGUAAAGUUGCUGACUGGACACACAUAUAAUUGUUAAGUUUUGAUGAGUUUAGUUUAUUGUCAGCUUGUGUUUGAAUAACUCUGCUCCUGAUUGAACGCUUAGUCAAUUAAGAGGUUUUAAACCUUGGGUGGUCA